AUGAGCCCCAAGACUCUGAAGCCUGCCAGCCUUCUUGUAUUCGAGUUUCGCCUUGUACCGGCCGCCCCGGGCAUCCGUCGCGCGGCAUCUGCCAAGAUCUCGAUUCGGUUCUCUUCUGGCUCCGGCUCAGCACCACCACGACGGACUAGUCAAGAAGCGAUAUGCUUCUGGUCUGUGGUUCUCUACAUCGAGCCAAACUCGGCGGGUCGUGGUUCUUUCUGCCGGAUAGCAGGCGUUAUUCAGGCGGAUAAGGCUUUUGACUUCCAACGAGUCCGUACGGCGAUCCGAGGAGCCUCCCAGAUCUAUCCGAUGUUGCUGCGGGUCGAGCUCUACAAAGCGCACGUUGAGUUCACUGCACAAACCUUUGAGAAAAUGCUCCGGACCCUGCGCGAGGUGGAUGCCGGAUUACUUAAGGAGCUGAAGGGAACCAGCAAGCCCGAUGAUGAAAGGCAAUCACACCGCCUGCCCAGUAAGACGCUGCAUGAAUGUAGUAUGCAACUCGUCGAAUUAGGUCAGAGAUGGAGAUUCGAGAAAGAGCUCGGGGAACGGUUGAAGAAACACACCAAGUCAAAUGAGACAGCCAUGAGGGCAAUUGCAAUCCUUGCUGCACUGUCAGAGAGUCGCGAGUUCGACAUGCAGACCCUCCCGUUGAAGGUGGAGAGUCAACGCAACGUGCUCUACGGUCUGAUCGCUCCAUUUGACAAUAAUAUGCAGUCCAGGCUAGCGAGGGAAGCUCUCCGAGACUCCAAAGCAAUGAAGACGUUGUCAGUCAUCACCAUCGUCUUUCUCCCAGGGGCAUUUGUGGCCACGCUAUUCUCAACGAACAUGUUCAGUUUCCAGGAUAAUCGCCAGGAAGUCUGGAUUUAUUUCGUCAUCAGUGUGCCUUUAACCGCAGUCCUAUUGGUUGCGUGGAUUCUCUGGCUGCGAAACACACCCUACGGUAUAGAUGCAGAGGAGAGGGGCGCACUUUUGAGUCAGGCCAAGGAUGACGAAGUGAAGAGAAGGAAGACAGACUGAGUUAUACCUGCUUUGGUGAUGCUGUCAUCAAGAACACCGGUGAUAGAAUAGGCAUAAGUGAGUUAAAGCUAAGAGAACAGGUUCAGCGGGAAUGGAUUAUCAAUAUAUGCCAUUCUGCGGAAGCUGUAUAGCUGUUUUGAUCUGACCAGGAGAACUCAAAGACUGUCAUUUGUAGUCGGCACCAACAUGAGAGGCUAGGUGGGUUAU